AAUCUUUGAUAUUUUUUUUUUAUCAACAACUCGCUCACAUUGCCAAAAUCCCGUAAAUAUAUUUGUAUUCACGUUCUUACUUUGGGUAUGUUCAGUUAAAAUUACGGGAAAGAAUGUUUUGCUGUGGAAACAUUGAACACGCUAGUGUAUCUAGAAAAUGUGGAAUGUAUUGAUGUAAUUUGCCAAGAGAAUUUGUCCUAAACGUUUGUGAAACCUUGUGCAAAACAAAUCUUGGUGAAAAAUUGUGUUUGUUUUUAAUAUUGAAUAAAAAUGGGUUCAUCAUCAAGUGGAAAAAAACACAAAAAAGACAAGAAGCACAGGCAUCGUAGCGUUGAAGGUAUUGAUGAAGGAGAAAGUUCAUCAUCGCACCGUCAUCAUAAACACAAACGACAUAAAGAGCAUAAGGAGCGCCACCGCCAUAAGAAGCAUCGUGAGCGUGACCACGAUCGUGAAAAAGAACGUCAUCAACAUUCAGAAGUUAUUGCAUUGGAGGAAUCGGAUUCGGAUGAUAGCUCGGAUUGUGUUGAGGUACCACUUGAUGAUCUCCCACUACGAACAUAUCAGCAGGAUAGUGAUACAGAAAGGGAGGCACCUCCGCCGCCGCAAUUGUCAAAACACCAUGUAGAGCGUGAAAAAGAAUAUGAACGUCUUAAAGAAUUGGAACGCGCUAGAGAUAGGGAAAUAGAAAAGGAUUGGGCUCGUGAACGGGAACGUGAAAAAGAAAAGGAGCGCUAUGAAAGGGAACGGGAAGUGGAGCGCCGCAAGGAAAAAGAAAUGGAACGUGAACGUAUGGAAAGGGAAAGGGACCGUGAAAAGGAGCGAGCUCGAGAUCGAGAUCGUGAACGCAUGGAACGCGAACGUGAGCGGGAUCGACUACGAGAACGCGAACAGCGGGUUGAGUACGAGAGAAGCCACCGUGAGCGAGAGCGUGAACGUGAACGGGAUAAGGCAAUCGAAAAAACGAAGGAACGCCAGCCGCGAGAGAAACGAUCUCCAUCACCCAUACCUGAAAAUGGUGCAGGUGAUUGUUUAUCCAUUGAAGAGACAAAUAAGCUGAGAGCGAAGCUAGGCUUAAAACCUCUCGAAGUUGAAAGCGGUCCCUCAAAACCCACGACUUCAGCAGCUGCAGCAGAAGCGAAAAAAGUCCAACCGGGCGAAAAGGACCUUUCAUCAUAUAAAGAUGAGUGGGGCGAGUUUUUACACAAGCCCGCAACGAAUUUGAAAGAAAAAGCCGAGGCUGAAAAAAUGCGUGAAAAACUGAAGCAACGCAAAGAGAAACGAUUUUUGGAGGAACAGUUGGCCCGCAUACGCACUUUAGGUGAAUCAGAUGAAGAAACAGAUGACGUCUCUAAAUGGGUAUCGAAAAACAGACGAGUUAUCGAUGAAAGGAAGGAAGCCCAAAAGAGGGCCAAAAUGAUUGAGGAAAUGGAUGCCGAAUUUGGCGUAAAUGAUUUAGUAGAAAAAGAAAAGGAGGCUUCACGCCGAAAGGCUUACAAUGAUAAGCAUCUUAAGGGAUUGCGAGUAGAACAUGAUUUGAAUGAAUUCACUGAAGGCAAACAAAUAAUUUUGACUCUAAAAGACAAAGAUGUUUUGGACGACGAGGAUGAUGCUUUAAUAAAUGUCAAUUUGGUUGACGAUGAGCGAUAUCGUAAAAACGUUGUAAACAAAAAACAGAAUCCCCUCAGUUAUGGUUACAAUGUCUAUGAAGAGCAAUAUGACAAGUUCGGUAAUCCGAUUCAACGUGGCAUAUUGGAGAAAUACGAUGAAGAUCUCGAUGGAAAUAAGAAAAAGAAUGAAUUUGUCAUUGGUGAUAAUGUAGAGGAACAGCGUGAGCAUCAGAGAAAAGUACUGGAGAUAAAAACUAAGUUGGCAGGAAAACGUUUGGAAACUCUUGAAGAUGCUAAAAUAGCUCUUGCCUCGGACACUUAUUCCGAAGCUGAGUUGACGAAAUUUAAAAAGCCUAAGAAAAAGGUAAAGAAGAUAAGAAAAAAAUUAAAGGUUGAAGAUUUGAUUCCAAUGAAUGACGAGCCUAUGGAGAAGCACUUAGGCAGUCGCAGAGGGCGACAUCGUGAGGAAGAAGAUAUGGAUACGGAAGAUAUAAAGGAGGUCAAAGUGGAAGAUGAGGACGAAGAUUUGGAACGUAUUCUUUCCAAGGCACGAAAAUUGAAACAAAAGGAGAACAUUAUAAGGAAAAAUCUACCGAUCGAUGUAAGUAAUAUUAAACAUGAGAUCAAAGACGAGCCUGUGGACGGUGCAGAUGGUGAGGGUGGUAUUCGGGGAGCUGAUGGCAAUAUUGUGCUCAACGCCACGGCAGAAUUUUGCCGAACACUGGGCGAUAUACCAACCUAUGGUAUGGCUGGAAAUCGUGAUGAAGAUUCCAAUGAUAUGAUGGACUUUGAAAUAAAUGAUGGAAAUGAUGAGCGAUUAAAUGAUCGGCAAAAUGAGCCCGAACUAAAUCACGGUACGUGGAAUUCCGUUAACCCAGACGAAGUCAUGCAGCCAGCAGAGUUUGAAGAUGUGGGAGAAAAUUUGGAAGAAGUAGCUAUUUUAGACGAAGAGCCUGACGUUAGUGCCGGUGUAGCGAAUGCUCUGCGUUUAGCUUUAUCUAAAGGGUAUUUAGAGAAAGAAGAGCACAAUCGACCGAGCAAUUCAAAGAUGGCCCAUCUCCAAGCAAAGAAUUAUUCUAUCGAAGAUAAAUCGGCAGUUGAAGACGAUAAGUUUGGUAGGCGUGAUCGCUUCCACGCUGGUCCCAUUAUGGAAUUCAAAGACAAGGAAACUUUCAAACCAAACGUGAAAUUGGAAUAUAUUGACGACAAUGGCCGUAUACUAAACUCGAAGGAAGCAUUUCGUUAUUUGUCACACAAGUUCCAUGGCAAAGGACCGGGAAAGAACAAAAUAGAGAAACGGUUAAAGAAAAUGGAACAGGAAGGGUUAAUGAAGACAAUGAGCUCUACGGAUACGCCAUUGGGUACACUUACUAUGUUGCAGCAAAAGCAAAAGGAAACGAAAACACCAUUUGUGGUGCUUAGCGGCGGCAAACAAACUGCAGCAGUUAGCGGCGCAACAAUAUCCAAAUAUAAAUAAUUUAUUUGUUAAGUUAUUAUUUUGUUAUUGUAUAAAUUAACAUAAAAACUUGCGUACCAUUAACAUUGGAGUCCAACACAUAUUCAUCCGAAUUAUUUCCCCAUUGUAACAAUCCAGUCAGCAUUUCCAUACAAUACCAAAACUAAACCUGCAAUAGCCCAUACAAGUAUACAAGCAUAAUGUAACCACAAGAACACUAAUAAACAUUACGCAAAAUUGAAUCUA